AUGGCCUCUCGGCUCAGCGGAUGGGACAUAACUUCCGAGUUGGGAGGUGCCCGUCAAACCACCGAAGGACCAGGUUCGCUCAGUCCAGCUCAGCUAAAUCUUGAACGUGUGUUUGAACAGAAUCGACUUCGACAGGGUCAACAACCCAAGAAUGGCGCCGCGGCGCCAGAGCUACUCAAUCCGGGGCCGCCAACAAAAGGAAAGCCUCGGCUGCUCUUGAUGGGUCAAAGAAGGAGUGGCAAGUCUUCGAUAUCGAGCGUCGUCUUCCACAAGUUGCCACCAAGCGAGACUUUAUUCUUGGAAUCCACGGCACGUAUCCAGAAAGACUCGAUGGCGUCGUUUAUGGACUUUCAAGUCUGGGACUUUCCUGGUCAGAUUGACAUUUUUGAGAAUCCCACGUUUGACAUCGAUGCCAUGUUUGGGGAGAUAGGAGCUCUCAUAUGGGUGAUUGAUGCUCAAGAUGACUAUAUGGAAGCCGUCGCUCGGCUCAACGUCACCAUCCUCAAUCUACAGAGCAGAUUUCCUAAUAUCAAGAUCGAGGUCUUCAUUCACAAGGUGGACGGACUGUCUGACGACUACAAGAUGGAUAUACAGAGGGAUAUCACCAUCCGCAUCCAAGACGAAAUGUCCGACCACGGCUUUGACAAUGUUCCCAUCCGCUUUCAUCAAACCAGCAUUUACAACCACAGCAUAUUUGAGGCUUUCAGCAAGGUUAUCCAGAAGCUGAUACCUCGCCUCGGCAGCCUCGAAGCAAUGCUAACGAAUCUUUGUCGAACGUGCCGCUUCGAAAAGGCGUACCUAUUUGAUGUCUUGUCAAAGAUAUACAUUGCCACGGAUAGUGCCCCAGCGGACAUGGCCAGCUAUGAAAUAUGCUCGGAUUACAUUGACGUCAUCAUCGACCUUACAGAAGUAUACGGCAGUUGGCCACGCUCCCAAGGCUAUCGCGAAGUUCUAGAAGGCGAACCAUGGAACCAGAAACUUGAGGACCAGGUCGCCAGCACCUGGGCUGAGAGCUGCAUGGUCCUUACCGACGGCAACCGGCCCAUCAUGCUUCGGGAGGUCGAUAAGUACUUGGCGCUUGUUGCCAUCAUGAAGGAGGACAGCUAUGAUAAAAUGCCUCUUGUCAAUAUGAACGUCGAUGUAGUGGUAGAAGGUUUGAAGGAAUUCUUUGAGAUUACCAAGCCGAAAUAA